CCACAUUAACGAAGACUCCAAAAUUCACGGAACAAAUUUUGCCCCAAUCUUUUAAUUCUUUCCCUUUUGUUGCCUCAUUAGUUGCAUUGGCAUUGGUAUUGCAACUGUAACACCGCCACAGCCUCCGUCCACCAACGAACCAGAAUCACAAGACAUUAGCAAGUAAAUCGCGCUGCCAACACGUGACGCGCAAGUAACCCAUUUCCGUUGCAUAAAACAUUAGCACAAUCUAGAUAACGCCGAAACUACUCUCUCUCUCUCUCGCAUAGCCUUACUCUGUCGUCACUCCUCUCCUACUCUUUUUUUCUUCUCUAAAAUAAUUCCCCCUAUACGAAUUUUCUUUUCCGAUUAUUUUACUAUUGCAUUGCAAAUUAUCUGGGAUUUUUUUUCCCAUACAUUAAUAAUUUUUUAAUAUUUUUCUUCCGAGCUCCCCUCAGUUUGGCCGAAAACAGAUCCCUAUUUCUUAUUCUGCUUCGUUCGAUCGAAAUUUUCCGACAUUCGCGUAACUCAAUUUUCUCUUUAUCUCUGAACCUUCUUGCUGUCUUUGCUCGAGGUUUUUCAACUUGCGUCGCGCUUUUGGGUUCCCAUGUUGCUCUGUUUCCCGCAGCAAUUCUAUUCCAUGCCAAAUUAGGGUUUAUGUUUGAAAUUUGGAAUCCGGAAGAUUUGAUCGGAGCUUCGGAUUCGGUUAAUGCGGAAGUGAUUGCUUGGUCCUUGUUGCGAUAAUGAUAAUCAAGCGGAACCUGAAAUCCGAAAUGCCGAGUUUGAAACGGCGGCGACUCGGCCACGCGGGAAGCGAGGACAACGAGUGCGCCGCCGCGGAGAGGAAGAAGAGGAGGAAGACGAAUGGGCACUGCUACCCUCUGAAUCUCCUCGCUGGCGUAAUUCCGGCGAGUUUUUGCGGGCUGCUGGGGGCGUCGGUGAAAGCUAGCGCGGCGGCGCUGAGCGCAAACGACGGCGGCGGCAAGAAGAAGGCUUCACGCCCGGCGCUGGUGCGGACUUCGCGGGGCCGGGUGCAGGCGCUGCCAUCGCGGUUCAACGAUUCGGUAAUUGAGGAUUGGAGGAAGGAAAGCAAGGUUGAAUGUGAAUUGGAUGAGGAAUUUGAGAGUGUGAAGAAAUCGAGAAAAGGGAAGAGCAAUAAGGCUCGAGGGUAUUCUGCAUUGUGUGAGGAGGUGCUGCAUAAGAAUUUUGAUGCUGCCAGCAAGGGAUUGGGGGAAUUGUGGGGCAACGAGGGCGUUUUGAAGGAGGAGAAGAAAGAGGGAUUGUAUGGACCAGAAGACUUUUAUGCUGGGGAUAUAGUGUGGGCCAAGGCAGGGUGGAAGGAACCUUUUUGGCCUGCCAUUGUCAUUGAUCCUAUGUGUCAGGCUCCCGAGUUGGUUUUGAAGUCGUGUAUUCCUGAUGCUGCUUGUGUCAUGUUUCUUGGGUACGCUGGGAGUGAAAAUCAAAGGGACUAUGCCUGGGUGAAAUAUGGGAUGAUUUUUCCGUUUGUUGAUCAUGUAGACAGGUUUCAGGGGCAGUCUGAAUUGGGGUGCUAUACUCCCUCUGAAUUUCAAAUGGCAAUAGAGGAGGCAGUUUUGGCAGAUCAGGGCUUUAGAGAGAAGUUAAUAGCAGAUAUAAAUACAGCAGCUAAUAACACUGGUUAUGGUGAUUCUAUACGGAAAGGCAUUCAAGAGAUCACUGCUUCAAACCGGAAUGCAGCAUGUCACUCUCUGAACCAGGAUUUAUUUGAUAACAAGAAAGACACUCGAGCUUGUGAAGUAUGUGGAUUGGAGCUUCCGUUCAAAAUGUCAAAGAAAACAAAGGAUUUGACUCCUGGCAGCCAAUUCUUAUGUAAAGCAUGUGCUAUGGUGUGCUGCGAUGGAUGUAGAGUAUGGGUGCAUGCAGAAUGUGACAAAGUUUCCAACAACCUUUUCAAGAAUCUUGGAGGUUCUGAUAAUUUGUGUCCUACAUGCAAAAUGAAGUUUGAUUUUGAGUUAUCUGAUUCAGAAAAAUCACAGCCAAAAGUCAAAUGGAAAAAAAAUGGUGGGCAGCUAGUGCUUCCUAACAAGGUCACUGUUCUCUGCAAUGGUGUGGAAGGCAUAUAUUUUCCAAGCCUGCACUUAGUUGUGUGCAAGUGUGGGUUUUGCAAGACUAAAAAACAUACACUUAGAGAAUGGGAACGACACACAGGUUCCAAAUUUAGAAAUUGGAGGACAAGUGUUCAGGUGAAAGGAUCCAUGCUAUCACUGGAAAAAUGGAUGCUGCAAUUGGCUGAGUUUCAUGCUAAUGCUGUAGUUUCUGUUAAACCUAAAAAACCAUCCUUAAAAGAAAAGAAGCAGAAGUUGUUUACCUUUCUACAAGAGAAGUAUGAGCCUGUUUGUGCCAAGUGGACUACAGAACGAUGUGCUAUAUGUAGAUGGGUUGAAGAUUGGGAUUACAACAAAAUUAUCAUUUGCAACAGAUGUCAAAUAGCCGUUCAUCAGGAAUGCUAUGGAGCAAGAAAUGUUCAAGACUUAACGACAUGGGUUUGUAAAGCUUGUGAAACACCUGACAUCAAGCGGGAGUGUUGUCUUUGUCCAGUAAAAGGUGGUGCUCUAAAGCCAACCGAUAUUGACACAUUAUGGGUUCAUGUCACUUGUGCUUGGUUUCGACCUGAAGUAUCUUUUGCUAGUGAUGAAAAGAUGGAGCCUGCUUUGGGUAUUCUAAGCAUUCCAUCAAAUUCUUUUGUUAAGAUUUGUGUUAUUUGUAAGCAAAUUCAUGGUUCAUGCACACAAUGUUGCAAGUGUUCCACGUAUUUUCAUGCCAUGUGCGCAUCAAGGGCCGGCUACCGCAUGGAGUUACAUUGUAUGGAGAAAAAUGGUAAACAGACAACAAGAAUGGUUUCUUAUUGUGCUUACCACAGAGCUCCCAAUCCUGACACUGUUUUGAUAAUGCAAACCCCUCUUGGGGUCAUUUCUACCAAAAGCCUUCUCCAAACUAAGAAAAAAGCUGGGUCCAGGUUAAUUUCAUCUAAAAGAAUAAAGGUUGAAGACAUUUCUACUGCAGAGAACACUAGACAUGAGCCAUUUUCUGCUGCUCGGUGUCGUAUCUUUCAAAGAACAAAUCAUACGAAGAAGAGAGCAGCAGAUGAAGCUGUUGCUCAUCAUGUGAGGGGUCACUGCCAUCAUCCUUUAGAUGCAAUACGGAGUUUAAAUGCAUACAGAGUGGUUGACAAGCCUCCAGCAUUUUCUUCUUUCAGGGAGCGCCUUUAUCAUUUACAGAGAACCGAAAAUGAACGAGUUUGCUUUGGUAGAUCUGGCAUCCAUGGAUGGGGCCUCUUUGCAAGUCGAAAUAUUCAAGAAGGAGAAAUGCAGGUUCUUGAAUAUCGUGGUGAACAAGUGAGGCGCAGUGUUGCAGAUCUUAGGGAGGCACGCUAUAGGUUAGAAGGGAAAGACUGCUAUCUUUUCAAAAUAAGUGAAGAAGUGGUAGUAGAUGCCACUGAUAAAGGAAAUAUAGCACGGUUAAUUAACCAUUCUUGUAUGCCCAAUUGCUAUGCAAGGAUCAUGAGUGUGGGUGAUGAUGAGAGCCGGAUUGCUCUAAUUGCUAAGACAGAUGUCUCUGCUGGUGAUGAGUUGACGUAUGACUACUUGUUUGAUCCCAAUGAGCCGGAUGAAUUUAAAGUCCCUUGUUUAUGUAAAGCACCAAACUGCCGGAAAUUCAUGAAUUAGGAUUUAUUCAGAUCAUGACAACUAUUCCUUCUCCGCAAGGAGCACUAACCCAUCCCCCUCAUCAGUGGGGGCAACCUCACAGUUAAGCCCAAGCUGUAAUUUUAAUCAAAGCAUAAGAAAAAUAUAUAGGGAUAAAGAAUUGUGGCAUAGGUUUGUCUUUUAUCCUUCUAGUGCUUAGUUAUACUUUUGCUUUCCUUUGACAUUCAACAAGGCCUAAUAAAAGAUAUAGAUUUAGCAGUUAUUUUUCUUGGUUACCAGAUUUAACUGUUUUUGGCUCUUGGCAUCUUUGUAAAUGUGUCAGAAAAUACUACUUUAUUUUCACAAUUUAAUGCAAAUUCAAUUCUUUAUGCUUUUGUAAGCUUCAA